ACUAAAAAUAACCAAUCCCCAAAGACACCCCAAAAUAUUAGUAUCAUAACAAAAGUCCAGUUUGGUUUUUUUCGGGUUCAAAGCCCAAUUCCCUUUCUCUCUAUCUCUCUCCUCUUUCCCUCUCCUCCAGCUACGGUCGAAACCCUAGAUCUGAUUCACUACCGGAGCCUGAAAAACUCAUCGGCUUCGAAAUUCCCAUCUGGGUUUUGCUCAGAAUCGAAUUUACGUAUUUGGGUUUUCCUCAAAAUUCAAAAUUUUCUACAGCCUUGAGCUUCUGGACAUUGAUGGCGACCCCUGAAACCCCAGCUACUCCAGCAAACCCCACUGAGAAUCAUGAGAUAGUGCCGGAAAAUGAGAUGAUACAUGGGCACGGUCAUAAGACAGUGCCGCAAAAGGAGAUGAUACAUGAGCACAGCCAUGAGAUUGUGCCGGAAAACGAGAUGAUACAUGAGCACAGCCAUGAGAUUGUGCCAGAAAAUGAGAUGAUACAUGAGCACAGUCAUGAGAUUGUGCUGGAAAAUGAGAUGAUACAUGAGCAGAGUCAUGAGAUGGUUCCACAAAAUGAGAUGAUACAUGAGCAUAGUCAUGAGAUGGUGCCGGAAAAUGAGAUGACACAUGAGCACAGUCACGAGAUGGUGCCGGAAAAUGAGAUGAUACAUGAGCAUAGUCAUGAGAUGGUGCCGGAAAAUGAGAUGACACAUGAGCAGAGUCACGAGAUGGUGCCGGAAAAUGAGAUGACACAUGAGCAGAGUCACGAGAUGGUGCCGGAAAAUGAGAUGACGCAUGAGCAUAAUCACGAGAUGGUGCCAGAAAAUGAGAUGACGCAUGAGCAUAAUCACGAGAUGGUGCCGGAACAUGAGAUGAUGCAUGAACAUAGUCAUGAGAUAGUGCCGGAAAAUGAGAUGAUGAAUGAACAUCAUAUGGUGCUUGGGAAUGAGAUAGUCCCCAGCAAUGAGAUGGUCCCGGAUGAUGAAAUGAUCCCACUAAAUGAGAUGGUCCUUGCGGAGCCACAACCCAACUAUAUAGAAACACCUCCAAACAAUCCAGAAACACAACCCAGCAAGCGUAGGAAGAAGAAGUCAAUAGUUUGGGAACACUUCACCAUUGAAAAUGUUGGCGGUGGAACUAGAAGGGCACAAUGUAAGCAGUGCAAGCAAUCAUUUGCAUACAGUACAGGUUCAAAAGUAGCUGGCACUAGUCACCUGAAACGACAUAUUGCCAAAGGAACCUGUCCAGUAGUCCUACGUAACCAACAGAAUAAUCAAUUGAGCCCGUAUAAUACACCUCCUAAGAUGAGUGGAUAUGGUGGUGGUACUGAUGCACCAAAACGACGUUAUCGGACUGCUUCUGCUCCUUACCUUGCUUUUGAUCCUGACCGGUGCCGUCAAGAGAUCUCUAGGAUGAUCAUCAUGCACGACUAUCCCCUUCACAUGGUUGAGCAUCCAGGCUUUCUUGCUUUUAUCCAGAAUCUUCAACCUCGUUUUGAUAUGGUGAGCUUCAACACUGUGCAAGGAGAUUGUGUGGCAACUUAUCUUAGAGAGAAACAAGCCAUUCAGAAAGUGAUUGAGGGAGUGCCUGGGCGUAUCUGCUUAACACUAGAUAUGUGGUCCUCCUGCUACACUGUGGGCUAUGUGUUCAUAACCGGGCAGUAUAUUGACAGUGAGUGGAAAAUUCACAGGAAAAUACUCAAUAUCAUCAUGGAACCAUAUCCAGAUUCUGACACGGCUUUCAGCCAUGCUGUUGCCGCUUGCCUUUCUGACUGGAGUAUGGAAGGUAAGUUAUUUUCUGUCACUAUUAAUCAACCGUUGGGUGAUGCUGCUGUUGAUAAUCUUAGAGCUUUACUAUCUGUGAAGAACCCUCUUGUGCUCAAUGGUCAGUUGUUGGUCGGAAGUUGUCUUGCUCGAACUUUAAGCAGCAUUGCCCAAGGUGCAUUUAAGUUUUUGCAUGGAACUGUUAAGAAAGUAAGAGAUAGCGUCAAGUACGUGAAAACAUCAGAAUCUCACGAGGAAAAGUUUAUUGAGCUCAAACAGCAGCUUCAAGUGCCAAGCACAAAGACUUUGGCUCUUGAUGACCAAACCCAGUGGAACACAACAUAUGAGAUGUUAUUAGCUGCAUCAGAGUUAAAGGAAGUGUUUUCAUGCUUGGAUACAUCUGAUCCUGAUUACAAGGAUGCCCCAUCAAUGGAAGAUUGGGAGCUAGUUGAGGUUCUUUGUACUUACUUGAAAAUCAUCUUUGACACCGCCAAUCUUCUGACCGCAUUAACAAUUCCAACAACCAACACAUUCUUCCAUGAAGCAUGGAAGAUUCAAUUGGAACUGGCUCGUGCUGCAGCAAGUGAAGAUCCAUCCAUCAGCAGCCUUACCAAAACAAUGCAAGAGGAGUUUGAUAAAUACUGGAAGAGUAGUUGUCUAAUACUAGCUAUUGCCGUAGUAAUGGAUCCACGCUUCAAAAUGAAACUCGUCGAAUUCAGUUUUACGAAAAUAUAUGGUGAAGAAGCUGCCACCUAUGUGAAGUUCGUUGAGGAGGGAAUCCACGAGCUCUUCCUUGAAUACGUGGCACUUCCUCUGCCUCUGACCCCAGCUUAUGCUGAAGAGGUAAAUGGUGGGGCUUUGAAGCAGGAGAAUGGUGAGGCUGGACUUACAGAUUUUGAUGCCUAUAUUAUGGAGACAACAAGCCAGCAGUCAAGGUCAGAGCUUGAUCAAUAUUUGGAUGAGUCCUUGUUACCUCGUGUUCACGAGUUUGACGUUGUGGGGUGGUGGAAACUGAACAGAAUGAAGUACCCAACUCUGUCAAAAAUGGCUCGUGACAUCUUGUCCGUUCCAGUUUCUACUGUAACAGCCGACUCUGUAUUUAGCACGGUAGGUAAAGAGAUGGAUCGCUACAGGUGUUCGUUGCGACCUGAGACCGUGGAGGCCCUCAUCUGUGCCAAGGAUUGGCUUCAAAAUGCAUCAGUAAAUACUUUACAUGCACCAAUAAAAAUGGAAGUCCCGAUUUAGGUUUUUUCUGUGAUGUUAAAUACUAGUCUAGAAUAGCCUUUGUAGCUGAUUUCUGUUUUCUUUGAGACUGUUAUAACAUUUGUCUCCUCUGUGUCAUCCGAGAAUCAACUUUCUUGUAUCAUAAUUUGGUAUCACUAGAGACUUACUGGAGAGUUUAGUUGCGAUUUUUGAUGUCUUUUUUCUUUGAUGUCUGAAUGCAUGAAAACAGUUUUAAUCUGGUA